AAAAAAAUAAAAAAAAAACAAAAAAAAAAAAACAAAAAAAAAAAAAAAAAAACAAAACAAAAAAAAAAACAACAGAGGUGGAGAUCACAAAAAGGGAGAUUAAGCACCCUCUGGCCUCAGCUUGCCGUGCCAAGUGGCACCCAAGAGGGUCAAAUCCUGCCUGGGGGUGGGAACGGGGGGAUCGGGGCUGGGAAAGCCUCAUCCUGCCCGCAAAAAUUGAGCGGUGAGACAGCUCUGCCUGAGCGGGAGGGCUGGGGAAAGGGGAAAGCUCCAUUUCCAGCUCGUCUUGCGGUCACUUUUAGCAGCUCCUCCGGUCGCUAAAGACAUUUUGCAGAUUUUCAUUCCCCGCUCCCUGCCCUGCAGCGAGCGGCUCCGGCUGCAUCCUGACCCCCACUGCUGGAGUUCGGCUGCGCUCGCCGCCGCCUUUUUUUUUUUUUAGUUUUUUUUUGCCCCCUCCUUUUAUUUUGCAGCUGGAUUUGAAAAAAGUUCCAAGCGCCGUGUGAGUCCUCCAGCCACUUCCCGGGGUUUUUUCCCCUGCCAGAGGCUGCACCCACGGCCCCGGCGGCGCCUGAAACCUCAGCAUCACGUGGCCGGGCAAUGGGGCAGUGAUGGGCUGGGAGUUACGGCUUUUCUUAUCCCCAAAAGGCCUCGUGCUUCCCCUUUUGCCUUGAUUUGAGGUCGGUUUCACAUGUUACAAUUUCACUUCUUUUCUCUGGUGCAAUGGAGAAAGUUUUAGUUGCCCCAAAACCGUGCCCUCACCUGGAGCCCUGCCGCAGCGUGGGGACGGCUGAGCCGUCACCCCGGCUGCUGCCGGCUCCUCUCCCCCGACGCGAGCCGCUGUGAGGCUCCAGCGCCGGGAUGGAGGGGCUGCACACAGCGGGGGGGGGGGGAAGCAACAUACGGGCUGGAUGGAGCGAUGGACGGGGGAACGAUGAACGGCUGAGAUGGAGCAAUGCAUGGCCGGGAUGUCAUGGGGGGCCGGGACGGGGCGACGCGUGGACGGGACGGAGAAAUGAAUGGACAGGACGGAGCGACACGCGGAUGGGAUGGAACAACACAUGGACAGGAUGUCAUGCAUGGUCAGGAUGGAGAAAUGCGUGGGUGGGAUGGAACAACAGGUGGAUGGGACAGAGUGAUGCGUGGACGGGAUGGAGCAGGACAUGGCCAGGAUGGAGAAAUGCAUGGGUGGGAUGGAACAACAUGUGGAUGGGGCGGAGCGACGCGUGGACGGGAUGGAACGACAUGUGGACAGGUUGUCAUGCAUGGUCAGGAUGGAGAAGUGCGUGGACGGGAUGGGACGGAGUGAUGCAUGGACAGGAUGGAACAACACGUGGAUGGGACAGAGAAAUGCAUGGAUGGGAUGGAGCAGGACAUGACCAGGAUGGAGCAAGGCAUGGAUGGGAUGGAGCAACGUGUGGACGGGAUGGAGCGACACGUGGAUGGGAUGGAACAACAUGUGGACAGGAUGUCAUGCAUGGUCAGGAUGGAGAAAUGCGUGGAUGGGAUGGAACAACAGGUGGAUGGGACGGAGUGAUGCGUGGACGGGAUGGAGCAGGACAUGGCCAGGAUGGAGUAAUGCAUGGGUGGGAUGCAACAACAUGUGGAUGGGGCGGAGCGACGCGUGGACGGGAUGGAACGACAUGUGGACAGGUUGUCAUGCAUGGUCAGGAUGGAGAAGUGCGUGGACAGGAUGGAACAACGCGUGGAUGGGACAGAGAAAUGCAUGGAUGGGAUGGAGCAGGACAUGACCAGGAUGGAGCAAGGCAUGGAUGGGAUGGAACAACGCGUGGACAGGGUGGAGCGACAUGUGGAUGGGAUGGAACAACAUGUGGAUGGGAUGGAGCGACACGUGGACAGGAUGUCAUGCAUGGUCAGAAUGGAGAAAUGCGUGGGUGGGAUGGAACAACAUGUGGAUGGGACGGAAUGAUGCGUGGAUGGGACAGAGAAAUGCAUGGAUGGGAUGGAACAAUGCGUGCGCAGGACGUCGUGCAUGGUCAGGAUGGAGCAGUGCGUGGACAGGAUGGAGCAGGACAUGGCCAGGAUGGAGCAAGGCAUGGAUGGGAUGGAGCAAGGCAUGGAUGGGAUGGAGCAACGCUUGGAUGGGAUGGAGCAAUGUGUGGAUGGGAUGUCACACAUGGCCAGGAUGGAGCAAUGCACAGCCAGGAUGAGGCGAUGAAUGGCCGGGAUGUGUUGCACAGCAUGGAUAAACUGAUGCCCGGCACAGAUUGAGCGAUGCCCAGCUGGGACGGAGCGGUGCCCAGCCGGGACGAUGCACAUUUGGCAUGGAGGGAUGCACGGUCGGGCUGGGAUCGGGAGCAGGAUGGAGAUGGGAGCACAACAGGGAUGGGAACGCACCGGUGAUGGGGACAGGAGCACAAUGGAGAUGCGUAAGGAACGGAAGGAAUUCAUGCCUCAAACAUUCAUCAACACAGAAAGCCUCAAGGACGAGCUGUGGCCUUUGGGAUCAGUCUAAGGAACGCUGCCCAGGGAAGGGCGGGGUGUAGGGAAGGAUGCACGUCCCCACUCCCUUGCGGCUGUUUUGCCAAACUCCUUAGAUAAACCUCAAAGAGGGGGAAAACCGCCCAAAAGGAGCAAAACCAGAUGUUGGGGUUAAAAAACUGAUAAGAGAGAUAAACCACCAGCACCAGAUGGACCGAAGCAAAAAUUGAGGAAAAAAAAUCAAAGGGGGGAGGGCGGUGAGGGAGGACGACCACCGACUCAAGUAGGCGAGGGGGGUUGGUGCACCCCCACUCUCCCUCCACGCAUGCGCGGAACCCACGCUCCACCUUUUCCUCGUCUCUCGUGGAAAGGAGGUCGUGGAAUAACUGCCUCUCUCGGUCUAGUGUGCAAAUCAGCUGAAAAAAAAAAAAAAUGAACUUAAAAGGCGACUGCACCUGCCACCCGAGAUUUCCAGACCUGAGACAACGCUGGAACCUGGGGUGGUGACCUGACUGUUUUUGUCUCCUUUCUUUUUCUUUCUUUUCUUUUCUUUCUUACAGACCUAGAAGAGACCCCCUUGCUUACUGUCCUUUUCCAAGUUGUUUCUACCACAAGUAAAACAUUUGAACCGGC